AUGCCGUCGCGCCGAUCUCACUCCAAAUCUCAUCAUGGGUGCACCCAGUGCAAGGGGCGUCAAAUCAAAUGUGAUGAAGUCCGUCCGAUCUGUGGUUCCUGCCGCAGGAAACAACUCCCAUGUAAUUUUCAAAGCUUUGCGCCCCAAACCUCCCCGCAGCCGUCAAUUGCCGAUGCCAUUCUAGGGCAUCGGGACAGUUUUGUACUCCCACUGCUGGACUUGGAGCUGUUGCAUCACUGGCAUACCGUGACAGGGAACUACCUAGCAGAUGCUAAGCCGCUGCAGGAUGUCAUACCCACCGUCAUGCCACAGGAGGGGCUGGCGAACCCUUUCUUGAUGCACAGCAUCCUGGCAGUUUCUGCCCUUCACCGGGCACACAGUGCACCCUUGAGCCAUCGCCAGAUUCUUUGUAUUCGCGUCUCGGAACCCAAGCAAAAACCCGAGGAUCCAAAGUCUGACCGCAGUGGUCGAAGCGUUCAGGUUAGUUCGUGGGGCCGCCUCUGUCGUGAACCAGGCCAGAUUGUGGCUCGAACAAGGACCCUUGCAGCUCUUGCUGCGGAUUGGUCAGUGUCAAAUGCCGAUAGCAACAGCGGCAGAACGUUAUGCUCGGGCUCUGCAUGA